GUGGGCGGACGGCGGGAGAUUUGUCUUUAGGAAGUGAACUAACUUUCCGGCUGUAAGAAGCAACGUUCGUAGCGGGAUACCGGUCCGGACUGCCCCGUCCUUCGGGAGCGGUCAUGGCCGAGGAGAGGAGGCUGAAGCUGAAACGGAGGAGGGUUGGCGGCGGGCCGCGGGAGCUGAGCCCAUGGCCGCCGCCCGGGCCGUGCCAGGAGGCCGGGCAGAGCGGCAGCGAGCAGCUAAGGGCGGAGGGGAAGCUGCUGCCAGCUACUGUAUCCACUUGGCUCGAUGACAAUGACAUGAAUGAGACAGACCACAUUUGGGCUCUUUUGAUGAAAUCGGUGUUUCCAGACGUGAAAGUAUCAGAUUGGAAGACUAUUUCAGUGCCGGACUUGCCCUUGGACUCUGAGAAGAUCCCCAAAUACAUUGAACCAGUUGUCACUGAAGCCAUUUCUGUGGGAGGUGAGAGUUUUAUGUGGACACCAUUUCCUCCUUCAGCGGCUCUUGAAGGGAAGAGCAGACCUGAGCCACUCCACAGCCAUGGGGCCGUCACUGCAAAUAUGGGAGAACUGAUCGAUUCCACUGAGAUCCAUGCAGGCGGAUCUCGACAUCCUCUGUCAGAGACUAUGCAGAACAAACAUGUUUUAUCUUCUACAGACGCGGCAAAGUAUCUUAUUUAUCCAAAUGAAAAUGAUAACAUGCUGCCAAAGAGCCACCUGGUCAAUGUUAAAUCUAAUGAUUCCUGUGAAGCAGAUCCAGUGAGGUUCCCUGCAGAGCAUGCUGUGAGGAAACGGGAAGACCUUUACCGAGUGGAUGCACGGCAUGUUACAGGACACCGAUCAGCUGACGCCCUGCUUGGUCCAGCCACACAUCUUCAGAGGCCAAGAGAUCAAGAACUGCAGCAGCCGAUGGCUGUGACAAUGCCCAUCAGUAAGCCCAGUCAAGAGAAAGUAAAACAGCACAAAAUGCUGACAGGAGGGACAUUGUGCGGAGAGGAAGAUGAUACUAGUGUCAGCGUUGGAGAAUGCCAGGGCCAAUCUUUCUCUGAAAAUAGUCCCUGUAUCACCAUCACGAACAGUGACAAAGGUGCUAACACUAAAGGAAGGUCUGACGGGCAGAUGGAAGCUGGGCUGGAUUUGGAGAGCUGUCCGAUGUGCCUUGUUCCCUUUCCUGCAGGAUUCACCCAGUUGGACAUCGAUAGCCAUCUUGCCAAGUGCCUCUCUGAGAGCACAGAAGACGUGAUGUGGUAAUUACUUGGCUGAGAGAGGAGCAUGUUCAUGCAGCCUUUGGACAGCAUUCAACUGGGACUAUAAAUAAAAAUGCUCGAGCCUGGGUGCUGAAAAAUGAAGGCCGUCUUUGUGGUGAUUCUCCACAUUUCUUUAGACAGAAACAUAGUUGA